AUGGCAGCAUACACGACAUCCGAGGGCACGCACAAGACGGACGACGGCGUCGAGUUGUACACCAAAACGUGGAAGGUGUCGGGGAAUGCUGCAGCCAAGGCACGCGUGCUGUUUGUGCAUGGCUUCAGUGAUCACUGCAACAACUACCCCGUCUUGUUUGACCAUUUGGCUACCCAGGGCAUUGACAUCUAUGCCUUUGAUCAACGAGGAUGGGGUCGCUCCGUCCACCACAAACGUGAGCGCGGUCUCACUGGUCCCACCACAAGGGUCAUCGACGACAUAACCAGCAUGCUGCACACCCUACUCCCUUCUCCUGUCCCUCUUUUCCUCAUGGGCCACAGCAUGGGCGGCGCCGAAAUCCUCUACUACGCUUCCACCGGCCCUUCCGCUCUGCUCUCCCAAAUCCGCGGUUUCAUCGCCAGCGCACCGCUGAUUGGCUUACACUCCGACACUCGCCCCUUCAAAGCCACCGUCUACGCUGGCCGUCUCGCUGGCCGCCUGCUCCCGAAGUUUCAACUGGUGAACAAGCUGGACAGUAAAUGGUUGAGUCGCGACCCUGAACAAAACAAAUUGUGGGAGCAGGAUGAGCUGUGUCAUGACACUGGCACAUUAGAAGGGUUGGCAGGGAUGCUGGAUAGAGGAUUACAGCUCGAGAGCUUCAAGGUGUUGCCUAAAGAGACUGCAGGAGAGGGUGGAAAGACGAGAUUGUUGGUGUUGCAUGGUACUGGCGAUCAUGUCAACGCUUAUGAGGCUACAAAGGCCUAUACGGAUCGUUGCAGUGGGUUGAGUGACAUGGAGCUCAAGAGCUACGAUGGUUGGUAUCAUAACAUGCAUGCCGAACCUGGUGAUGACAAGCUCGCAUUCGCCAACCACGUCUCGCAAUGGAUUUUGCAAAGAUCAGGACCAGAAGAGUCAAAGUCGAAACUUUGA